GUCCUGUGCCAACAUGGUUCCUACAAAUCAAAACCCCAUCUGAUAUUCAAGGAACUUCUACUAGCAUCCCCAAUCUCAAAGCUAAAUUCUGGGCCUUCAUGGAAAACAACCAAGUAUCAUAUAUUAAGUCAAGAGUUAAUAGAGAUCCAAAACGACCACUCAAGAGGCCGCACUACAUAAUUGAUCCAAGCAAAAUGCUCACAAAAUGUCAAUGCCAUAAUACAGGGACACAUAUCACCGUACCUACCGGUGAAGCCAUGUCUCUUUGGACCUACUCAAAAAACAAUCAACACUAUCUAGCCAACACAUCUGAAGAAAUAAUAGAACAGCUGCAAGCACGCUCCGAAGCUAACACUACCCCCACCGUCAUGAUCAACAAUAUUCUAUCUGGCAAAGAUACCAUCCAGUUAAAUGCAAAUAUGGUAGAAGACAUUAAGCAGUUGAUAUCGAACAUCUGUUCUUUCCCAAUAAUAGACCUAACAACAAAAGAUGAUUUAGUCCUCAUAGAAAAUAAAGAA